AUGAGCUUAGAAUGGAGGAACUGGUGCCGUCUGUGUGCAAAUUCAGGGGCAAAUGGAUGUGAUGUGUUUGAAAACAAGGAUCUUCUUCUGCCAGAGAAGAUUCUGAAAUAUCUUUCAAUUUCGGUUGACAACCAGGAUGAUUUGCCACACACAGUAUGCCAGUCCUGCUCACAAAAACUUGGCUCAUUUGAUUGCUAUGCAGAGCAGUGUCAGCGUGUGCAGGCCAUGUUCCGGGCAAUGGUUGAAGCAGCUAUCGAAAUGGGUGAUGAGGUUGAUACCAAAGUUGGCAGGCUUCAGAAUCUGGCACAGACUCAGCGGGACUUUGAGGCAGCUACAGCUGGAAUUACUGACGAUGAAAUGAAAAUCAAGGAGGAGAAGGAUGAUGAUGACAGAGGAGGGGGAAGCGAGGUGGAAGAAGUACCACACCAACCCACAUCUAAGAAACGAGGCCGACCUUCUAAAGCAUUGGUUGGUGCAGCAAAGCGUAAGGCCAAGAUCCCGAGAAUUGUAAAACUGAAACCACAAGAACCUGCCAUUAAAGAAGUAGCCAGUGAAGAGGAAAAUGAUGCAAACUUUGAUGGUAAUGAUGAUACUGCAGACAAUAGUGAGAAUAAUGAAGAUGAAAAUAAUGGUGGUGGUGAUGAUGAUGAUGAUGAUGAUGGUGAUGGUGAUGAAGAUGAAGAAGAAGAUGAUGAUGAUGAUGAUGACAUGAAGAAGAAAUCUGAAGGGGGUGCUGAAGAGAAAGGUACUUCAUCAGAGAUGAGUCAUCAACCAGCCAUAUUCAGAUGGGAGUGCCAUGUUUGUGGAGAGGUGUGCAGAAACUGGAACUCGCUGUCAGUUCAUUGUAGACGAAUGCAUGAGGAAGCAGCUCAUGUAGUAUGUCUAUGCGCCAAAGUGCUGGCAAGCAGAGCAUCUAUCAUAAAGCAUCGCCUGAAGCACACCAACACAUAUAAGUACAGGUGUACCAAAUGUGACAAAGCAUUCCAUCGUCGUGCCCUCUAUGAUAUUCAUAUAUUGUCACAUGUUCCAAAAGAAGAGCAGCCAUUUGUGUGUUGUAAAUGUGCCCGCAGAUUCCACUGUGAGGCCCUUCUGCGGCAACACGAGAGAGUUCAUCUCCCUCGAGAGGAGAGACUCAUAUAUCCGUGUGACAUCUGUUCUAAGAAGUUUAGCAGUAAGUCAGCAGUGUCAGCUCAUUUGAAAGCAGUUCACUUUGGUGAGCGUCCGUUUGUGUGUGACCAGUGUGGCCACAGUUUCACUUCAAAGGGAAUCCUGCAGGAGCAUCUGACCAUCCACAGUGAUGAGACACCAUUCAAAUGCACUCAGUGUAAGAAAAGUUUCAAGACAAAGUACCGGCUGAAGAUUCACAGUGACACGCAUCGAGAGACACCAUACCAGUGUCCAGUGUGCCCUCUCCAGCUGUCCACAAGACGCACGUUGCGAAUGCACCUUGUGGUGCAUCGAGACACCAAGGCCUAUCAAUGUGCAACAUGUGGCAAGGCAUUUCGGCGUGCAAAGGAUCUUAAAAAUCACCACAAUCUGCAUACAGGACGGCGACCUUACACAUGCACAUUCUGCCCUCGCACGUUUGCCAAUGGUUCAAACUGCCGUUCACAUAAACGUCGCAUGCAUCCCGAAGAAUUGCGUUUGUAUGAGGCAUCCCUUGCUGCUGCAGAAAACACUGAUUCCCAAGCUCCAUCAGAAUCAACCCCAACAAUUGCAGUGACCGGAUCAAAUUCGAAUGCGGAACACCAACCAGCUGACCAGCCUAAUGUCAGUAUGAACUCCUCAUUACAGAACUCAUUGACACAUGUUCCAAAAACUGAAAUCUCAGUCCCUAUUUCAGAAUUCCAGAGGCGGUCAUCUUCAGAUUCACAUAUGUAUGGUACCCCAGCACUAAAGACUCUACACAGUCCUAAUGUGUCAAGACCCUCUGCAAAUCCCACAUCAUCAUCUAUGCCAUCAUCGUCCAGUAUAGAUUUCUCAGGAAGUGGAUCUUCAGACCCGGAUAUGACGAGGGUUGUAAUGGGACAUUUAGCCUCUGGUUCUGGAGCCAGUAUGUUGAGGAACGCUUCUAUGUUGCCAUCUCUGGUACCUAUCUCGACGGCGGCCUCCAUGAUAAGAGAUGCAGAAACACACAGCUGCAACAACAUAAGGCCAUCUCAACAUUCACGUAGUAGUGCACAUGGUUUGCAAGUAUCAGCAGGUGACGAUGGUUCUUGUGAUCGCAGUCAGACUGCCAUGAGCAUAAAUGGCUCCCGACGUGGCAUGAACACAUCCACUUCAGAUUCAAUUCUCAAUUCCAGUCACAUCCAGUCACUUACACCACUGAAUCUGAAUAUUUCGGAGAUACAUUCAAAUCGGCAGCAGCAGCACUCUAUGAAUAGUUCUUCAAACUUGUCUGGAAUGGAUGAUUCAGAUCUGAUGUCCCGAGGGAGGAGGGUCAUGGAUGGGUUCCCAAGUUCUGCAGGUCAGAGGCCCCACAUCUCCACUCUGAAUUCAAACAUGCAUCAAGUCCAUCGUCAACAGCACCAUCACAGUUUGGCAGCGCUGAGCCGUGGCAGUGACUCUGACAGAGACAUGCUUGACCUGGAUCGAGCAGGUCAACGAGAUCUUUCAAGUCUCAGCCAGAUGCAUCACCACAAUCAGCAGCAGCAACAUAGUGCCAUGUUGCAUGAUUUCCCAACAUCAUUAAAUCACCUUUACCAGCACCAGGGCACGUCCAUGUCUUCAGCUGUAGCAGCAGCAAUAGCGCACUCAAGUACGGUAGGUGUGCCUGCUUUUCCAGGAAAUCCAUAUGUUCAUCAUAAUAUGGGAUACAGCAGAGGGAAUGGGAACAUGUAAUGUGUUCAUCCAUUCAGGCAGCUAAGGAAACCUGGAACUUGUGGUUCUGGGUGGGGCCUUGUACUUCACAGAGAAGGUUUUUUCAAGUUCAUUUCUGUGAUGCUAAGCAUUUCAGAUAUCAAGAUACAAGGUGGCCUUUCUUAGACUGAAGUUAUGUGCAUCAAGUAAAGAAUGUAAGCAGCACGAGGGGCCUUAGUGGAAGAGAUGUGAAAUGCUUGUUACACGUGUUAAUUAUAAGGUCUGGCAGCUCCUCUGUGAAGUUCCCUUCUUGUGUAAAAUGCUGAGUCGGUAUUCUGGCAUUUCACAAGUGUUAACAGAUUUUUGUGAAUUGGUGAUAUAGAACAGAGUGAUAUAGGUUAUUGAAAAUAUUGAAGCUUUUAUAGUGCAUAUUUUCCUUUUUUUAUUAUAAACUUUUCAUGGGAAAAUAGUUUUGUUUUCCCAUAGGAUUCAGAAGAUGACAGCUGAGUUAGACUGCCAGGUGAGUGAUAAUCUCUGGAAACUUAGAAGUAUAAAUGUUUGAACUUUCCUGUGCAUAGUGAUUUGAACAUUGUACAUGUAUUGCAAUAACUUUUAAUUACUUUACAUCCCAGGACUAUAUUUUGCAAUGAAGUAAUGAUUAGUUAUGAAUAUUUAUUUAUUUGUCCAUCGUUUGCUUGGGCACAAGAUACAUUUUAGUGUUUCCCACCUUCAUGUACAUGAAUCCCUACUGAAUCUCUUACAUUUAAAUGGACUUAUUUCAUCUACCCCUCACUGUAAAUUUACUGUCUGUACAAUUCCUUAUUGUAAAUGUUGCAACUGAAAUAUGGAAGCUGGAAAA